AUGGUAGAGGGUUGGAGGUUGAUAGUAGAUGGACUGGAAGCAAAAUGUGCUUUAAGAUAUGUCAUAUUCAGCCAAACGGAAGAUUUAAACAAAUUGAGACCGUUCUUGCCUAAUACUGGUGUAAAAAUAUAUAAGAUACCAUACAAAGAAAUCGAAUUAUGGUCCAAUGUUGAUACACCCCCUGGAAUUAUUGGUGUGUUUGAUACACCUACAGCAGAUAAUGUGAAGUGGUUAAGUCAACCCAUGCCAAUACAUUUAAUAUGUGACAAUGUACGAACACCUGGCAAUCUUGGAGGCAUACUAAGAGCGGCCGCUGGUGUGGGGUGUGAAAAAGUUUUAUUAACCAAAGGUUGUGUAGAUCUCUGGGAUCCAAAAGUAGUAAGGAGUGGUGCUGGAGCACACUUCAGACAGCCUAUCAUAUCAUCGAUAGAUUGGGAAGAACUACCUAAUCACUUAGCAAAAGAAACAACGAUAUUCAUAGCAGAUAGUAAUGGAAAAUUGAUGAAUGACGAUUUUGAAUCGGAAAAUGAUUUGGUCUGCAAUAUACCGGUUGUACCUUAUUAUAGUGUUGAUUUUGGUAUCUUAAAACAUAUAACACUUAUUAUUGGAGGAGAAACGGAAGGUAUAAGUGAAAACAGUUACAGGUUGGCAGCUAACAAAAACGGUCUUAGAUUAAAUAUUCCGUUACAAAAAGGAGUUGAUAGUCUGAACACUGGAAUGGCAACUGCUGUAAUAGCCUUUGAAAUGAGAAAACAAUUAAUACAGGUCCAGGCAAAGGCUCAUUUAGAUAAGCAAGGAAUGAAUAAGGAGGCGUCGUCGGUCAAUACUGUAGGUGGUGCGGUGGCCGUACAGAGCGCAGGCGUGGACCCGCGCCCCCCACACCCUGCUCCUCCGUUGCUCACGGCCCCCGCCGGCGGCCCACUCACGCAACUCGCGAACAGGAUCUGUCAGCUAAGUUUCGAUAACAGGACAGCUUUCGCCCAGCAUCUAGUUUUUCUUGAAAGCUCGUGGCCGUUGACACUGCAGCGUGCGGGUCCCGCAGUGUGCAAGUGUGUGGUUGAUUAG